CGCGCGAGUCAAGAACGCCGAGCGGAGCAACCUUACCCGAGGAACUGAGAUCUGAGAUCUACUAAGAAAAGAUGGCCUGGAAGACUUUCACGCUUCUACCCCUGCUUUUGGCAGCAGGUCUAGCCAAUCCCUUGAGCUCCACAACGGAGCCAUCUACCUCACCAGCUCCUACUCCUGACGUGCCUCAGGUCAUCAAGGAGGAGCACUUCCCGGCCAUGGCUCCGGCCCUGGCUAUGGAGUCCAGCGGAUCCAGUGGCCAACCCAUUUUACUGCAGCCUCCUCUAGAAUCGCCCAGCGCAGAUGAGGAUGCACUGCGUCGCCGCACAGUCACGUACGAUCAGCGCCAGGAGGGGCAGUACAACAUUCGCGCUGAUCUGGAGAAUUUCAUGAUCCUCCUGAUCCCACCUGGACCGCAGGAGGGCAUCAGCCUGCUGGAACUGCUGGGACGCGGAAACACCAAGAGCAGUGGACCGUCCAAGCGCAAAUAUCCCGCCAGGGGCAACACGCUAAAGUCGUUUUAUCAGAAGAGUCUGCUUCAGAAGUUGCAGCAGCAACGGAAUCAUCACCAAUCCUCGCCAGCGGCACCUCUGCCGGAGUUCAUUGAGGGUCGGACGCCUUAUCACGUGGACAUCUCAGCCAGCGAUCCAGAGCAGGCUCAACGCCUGCAGCGCCAGCAGGUGGACGUACUGCCUCCUCAACUGAUACCCAUGCCGCAGCUAAUUAAGCCAUUUCACUUAGAGGCGGAACCGGAAUUGAUUCAAGCUCUGCCCCCCGUUUCCGCCAGCAGCAGUGCCGGAUCGAAUCUCCUCGAGAGCUUCAAUCAUCCCGGAUCUCAGUACUUCCGCAGCUCCCGCUCCCUGAGAGGCGAUAGCUAUUUGGAUACCAAUCGUCUGACUGGCGGUGACUUUGCCAGUCCGCGCUCUAUUAGUGCCCCAAUUUACCGCAGUGAACUUGGCAGAGGAGCCAAUGGCCUUUACCCCCCGAUCGACGUCCCUACCUAUUUCUCGGACCAAUCUCGCUCCUGGCAACUGGACGAGGAGCCCACUCGGGCACAAGCGGUGGAACCGGAGAUCGUUAGCUUUGACCUGUUGGCCGACGACGAUCUGGUCGAAUCCCAAACCCUCCUCCGCGACGGACUGGCGCGUUGCGCCCGCGGAGAACGGCGUGAUAGCUACGGAGCCUGUCGCCAGAUCGAGGGCUAUUGAGGGAGGAGUGAGAACGCCAGACUGCCAGCCUAAAUGUUAGUUUCAUACAUUGCACACUCUAAAGUUAAGCCGACGAAAUUGUCUUAUUAAUA